CUGGACUUAAACAUCAGCGUAAGAUAGUAAACAUUUCGACCUUGACUGAGUUCGUUAGAGUGCAAUGUCUCUCCGGAAGCCCCCGAUCCCUCGUCUCCUCCUCAACAAUGUCUCCUGCAUGAGGAAUGCGCAGCAGAUCUUGCGACAUGUAAAUGCCACAGUUCACGACGGUGGAGCACUGGUGCUGAUGGGCACCAAUGGCUCGGGCAAGACUACCUUCCUGCGCAUGUUAGCCGGCUUUUCUAAGCCUUCUGCUGGCCAGGUCCUCUGGAAUGGGCAUGACAUCACGGAUUCAGGAGUUUUCCACCAGUACAAGCUGCAACUCAACUGGCUCUCACUCAAAGACGCUGUAAAAGAGAAGUUCACAGUCCUUGACAAUGUCCAGUGAUUUGAAGUCCUCGAAGGGAAGAUGGGGAAUUCCCUGCCUGCCCUGGAGCUGAUGGGCCUCGGCAGAUUGGCCAAGGAGAAGGCUAGAAUGCUGUCCAUGGGGCAGCGCAAAAGACUCCAGCUUGCGAGGUUGUUGGCAAUCGACCGGCCUAUUUGGUUGCCCGAUGAGCCCUCUGUUGCAUUGGAUACGGACGGAGUGAAGCUGCUCGAGUACAUCAUUGCAGAGCAUAGAAAGAAAGGCGGCAUUGUCAUCGUGGCAACACAUCUGCCUAUUGAGAUUGAAGACGCGACAUACCUGAGACUGCCUGCUAGAUUUCCAAGGAGAAUGACCUUGGUGGACAUGCUUGAUCGUUCAGACUUUUGAUUCUUUUACCUGUUCUUUUUACAGACAAACACUGAGCAAGAAGAGAAUAUUGUAGUGAUACUGUGAUUGAAUUCUAUUACAUGACAUUUCUGUUCUUCCAGAAGCAGAGCUAUCUGUAAUCGUAAUGGUUGUGUUUCUUGGGGCGUCCGACCUACAAGCAGACGAG